ACAGGGCGCAAACACAGAGUUCUCCUCUGCGCAGUGGAGCCGGUGGCAGCAAAAGUGAUUUGACAAUUUUUUUUUUCGUCGAUUCCCAAUUGUCCCGCUAAGGAAAAAGAAAAGAAAGAAACGUACACCCCGGUGGACAGAGAGACAACGAGAGAGAGAGAGAGAGAGAGAAAGGCAGAAACGUGAGAGCGGAAACGAGACUAACCAGACAAGCGGAGAAUCCAGCGAAGAAGAGGACCGAGACAUCGAACGUUUACCACGCGGGAGACCUCGUUAAAACCAUGAGGACGUACUUCGUGAUUGCCGCCAUACUGAUCGCCGGCGCGAACGGCCAAGAAUCGUUCAAAUGCCCAGACGACUUCGGUUUCUACCCUCACCACAUAUCGUGCGACAAGUACUGGAAAUGCGACAACAACGCUGCCGAAUUGAAAACCUGCGGUAACGGGCUCGCAUUCGACGCGAGCGACAACAAGUUCCUCACCGAAAACUGCGACUACCUCCACAACGUAGACUGCGGCGACAGGACGCAGCUCGAGCCGGCGAUCAGCACGCCCCAUUGUCCCCGACUUUACGGCAUCUUCCCUGACGAGAAGAAAUGCGACGUCUUCUGGAACUGCUGGAACGGCGAGGCGUCCAGGUACCAGUGCAGCCCCGGAUUGGCCUACGACCGCGAAGCCAGGGUCUGCAUGUGGGCUGACCAGGUGCCCGAAUGCAAAAACGAAGAGGUCGCGGGAGGUUUCACGUGUCCGGCCGCGGGCGAAGUGAGCGGAGCAUCCGGCAGCUUCAGCAGACACGCCCAUCCCGAGGACUGCAGAAAGUAUUACAUAUGUCUGGAGGGUAUCGCCAGGGAAUAUGGCUGCCCCAUUGGUACAGUAUUCAAGAUCGGCGACGCCGACGGCAGCGGAGCCUGCGAGGACCCCGAGGACGUUCCCGGAUGCGAAAAGUACUAUGGCGACGUGGACCUGAAGGCUCUGCGCAAGCUGGGAUACAGGAAGAAGUGAGAAGACACCGGGGAUCGCGCGGAUCACGAGAACUGACGGGAGAUUAUCGAACGGAUGAAAAUCUGUCGGUAUUUCCCCGACUCCUCCGUUUCAAUGAAGAAUGUUUAUGGAAGCAGAUAAUUUUCGUUAAACGAAAAUCGCUCGGUAUGAACGAUUAUCAGUUGUUACGUUACAAUAAUUUCAUUUAGCUUCCUAAGUUAUAAUUCCUCGUAUUAAAUUAAGAACAUUGAAUCGUAGAAAUUUCGUAUGGUACAUAAUGAACAAUUCAGAAAAGCUCGUGUGCGAUUGAAAAUCAAAAUGUUAUUAAUCAUGUGUGUAUAUAAUUUUUCCUGUGGUUGUAAUAUGUGAAGCCAACGGAAGAUCAUCUCAUUCCAUGAUUGUACACCAAAUUCCUAUAGGUAGAUUAUUGUAGAGUGUAAACUUCUGUGUAAAUAAGUAUCGCAAAAAUAAAUGUUUAUCGUAUAA